CGGGCGGAGCCUGUAAAAGCUCUAUUACCGGGUGACUCUCGUCUCAGGAGCUCCACACCUUGACGUUUCCUCCCGUGAAAGAAGGAACUACAGUGCGUGUUUGGUCGAUACAUCAAGAUGUCUCCGAUUAAAGAUAUGAAGCUGGCUUAUUUGGCUCUUAAUGAAAUGAACGUCUUUACGGCGGGAGACACUAUCGCCGGCACGCUCACGUUCACUUUGACGGAAGACACCAAAGUGAAAAGUCUAAGCGUCAAAGCCAAAGGGCGCGCGCACGUGCACUGGACAGACGGAACAGGUGAUCGCAGAAGAUCACACACUGCAAACAGGAUCUACUUCAAAGCCAAACACACCAUUGUUGAGAAGAAAUCUGACGACACUGUGCUGUCAAAGGGAGACUACUGCCAUAAAUUCAGCCUUCAAAUCCCACAAGGGGAUUUUCCGCCAUCCUUCAAGGGCUUCCAUGGAAAGGUCGUCUAUACACUUGAAGCAAAGCUGUCUAGGAGCCUGAGGAUACCUUCAUUUGUACAAGAGGAGCUCAGAUUUAUUCCAAAGUCCUUUCUCAACAUUGGCCAGUGCCCCGUCUCUGGUUCAGUGGAAAAAGGAAAGGUCAAAAUGUUCGCUACUGUCGACAAGAAGGUUUGCUGUCCAGGUGACACUUUGUCUGUUGUUGCCAAAAUUUCCAACUCCUCCUCCAAAAAAAUGAAGCCCAAAUUCAGCGUGAUGCAGAGAAUAACAUACCGGGCCCAUGCCUCCACUAACCACAGUUACCAGACUUAUAGUAAAUGGGUUGGAGAAACCAUAGAAUCUAAAUCAGAAGAAACCGUCUCCUGCAAGCUGACAGUUCCUGCUGAUGCCAUUUACACCAUAAACAACUGUGAUAUCAUCAUAGUUGAAUACUUUGUCAAGGCAUAUUUGGACAUCAGUUUUGCCAUUGAUCCAGAGGUGUUGCUCCCAGUGAUUGUUUAUCCUCCUGCAUAUGCUUCCCAUAAAUAUGAUGAAGCUAUGGGGCCUCAUCCAGCGGGCCCUGCUGGGGCCAGUUACAGCGACUUCCCUCCUCCUGCCUUCUCUACAGGACCUUAUCCUGUACCUGUUGGUCCAGGUGCCCCCUUUCAGCCUGGGCCUUACCCUGCUGGGGCUGUUGGUGCACCAGGUUACAGCAACUUCCCUCCCCCAGGACCUUAUCCUGCACCUACAGCUCCUGUUGCUUAUGGAUACCCAGCUCCUAUUCAACCUGCUCCCACAACAAGUGGCUUUAGUAAUCAAUGGCCUCAACAGGUUCCUCCUUAUGGUUACCCACCGGCAGCUUUCCAGCCACAAGCCCCCACUGCUCCACCUCAGCCUCAGCUUCAGGAGGGAGAAAAUCCUCCAAAUUAUGCUUCUCUUUUUCCCCCUUCUACUUAAAAAUGGUAGAAGACAUAAAUCGUCUACUGCUACCAAUUGAAGGUGGCACUAGAGUUAUUAAAAUGAAGUAAAUAUUUGAUGUUUCUACAUGUUAAACUGUUAUAUAAAUUAGCAUAAUAGUUUAAAGUUUUGGCUUAUGGGACUGAUUUUGAUACUUUUAGAACAGAUAAUUAGGCACCCAUUCAUAUCCAUUCAACGUAUCUUCUUUAUUUAAGCUUUAAAAUGAUCAUAGUAGAAGACUGGAUGUCUUCCAAAGGUCUUUGAGCACAAGUCUCAAAGUAUUUACCUUCAUAUAUUUUUAUGUCAGAAAUGGUGAAAAUCGAUGUUAUUACUUGGCUUUCAGACAAAUAAUGUUACUACAGAGCAAACUAGAACAUUUAAUGGGAGCUACCAGUGCAUAAGAAAAUGAAUGAUUAAAAGAGGUCAUACAAGGUAAAUCCUCUGUUGUAUGUUGUUAGUUCUUGGACAUAAAAAACAUAAUUUCUAAAAUUAAAAUAAUGUUAAUAAUAUUUACCAACCUUAUUUACAUACCAUUUAUUAUAAUUUAUUUUUAACCUUUUGGGACAGAGCCUUCUCCAUAGCUGCCCCCUACCUCUGGAACUCACUCCCUAAACAUAUCCAAGACUGUGCGGACUCAUCCGCAUUCAAGUCACUGUUGAUAACUCACCUUUUUAAACUGGCUUUUAAUGUGUGAUUCUGAUGUCACUUUGCUGCUUGUCUGCUUGUUAAUUUGCUUGCCGUUUGUUUGGAUGUUAUGUUGUCUUUUUGUUUUUUGGUAUGUAAUGUCUUUUUAACUAUUGUAUAGUGUCUUUGAUUUUUUUUUAAAAGUGCUUCAUAAAUUAAAUGUACUAUUAUUAUGGGUUUUUUUUUAAGUCAUAGAGAGGUGAAAUUGUUUCCUGAUCUUUUUGGAGUUUGUGCGUCAUAAAAACUGCAGUGCACCCCCAUCAUCUGUCAGACAGCAGGCUAAUCUUUACUCUAUUUAUGCCAUACUAUUACCGUCCUCAUCAUUGGAUGUUUAAUGCACUGAAGCCAAUUUGCAUGGAAAGGUGCCCCCCCCCCAAAAUAACUGCAUAUGAGCACAGCAUCUCUGUGCACCAGUGUGUAUGUGUGAUUAUAAGACCAACAACACAAUUAGGGGAUCAUUAGAGCUGUGCCUUUGGCUUAUUUACAAAGUUUUAGUGCCUGCACUUUUUGGAGGAGUUUUAACAAAGCAUCAAGUGGCAGGUGGGCUGUGUGAUGCUGGCUAAAUGGAGCCAGAGUCAUAAUCAAACAUUUACACAGCACCAAUGACUACAGCUGACAAAACAGCAAUUAAACUGUGACUUCUCAGUGAAUGAUACGAACAGCAAUGUGUGACACAUCUCCCAUAUAUCUUCUUUAAGAGCACAGAGAAGUGCUUUAAAGACAGCUUACUUUGAGCGGGGAUCAUAGACCCUGGACAGGCUUCAGUACAUCCAAAACUCUGCAGCUAGAGUUCUUACCCGCUCUA